AUGUGGUUGCUGCAGGGCUCUUUCGGCGGCGAGGCAGGUGCCCUCGAGCUUGGUUUGUGCGAGUCCAGUGACCUAUCGCCCAUUCGCGCGUACUUGGUUGACCAUAUGUACCCAGACUCUUCGUACGCCACGGCCAACGGCAUCUGGAGCCAGCUUUCAAAAGUCGAAUUCUCACUCCUCAAGCCUGCUCGUCCCACCCCGCCCCGCCGAACAGACAGGCGGUCAGGCCCGGUUCUGGCUUUGGUUCUUGGUCUGGUUCCAGGGGGGGGGGCAAGUAGUGGAGGCGCCAGCCGGCCAGUCGAACUCGCCUUCAAACGUCAUUUGAUUGGCACGCGCAAGCGCAAUCGAGCCGGGGCACCUGCUGGCUUCAGGAGAAUCAGUGCGCGAGGAGCUGUGCACUCAAUAGCUCCAGUAUUGGACAAUGGUAAAAACACCGAGAUUGCGGACCGCAUGUGUGUCUUUCCAGCAGCAAAGACAAGUGGGCGGGUGGGUAUAGACUGGAGACGGGGGAGGUCCCACCCCCUGAACCUCGCAGCGAGUACCUAG